AUGAAAGUUCACUACAUUAAUAUAUUAUUAUUAUAUGCCGUCAAUUUAAGUAUAUUGUUAAUAUCUUCUCAUAUAAAUAUCCAAAAGAAUCCUUACAUCAAUGCACUUCAUACCCUCAACACGACAAAAAUACCAACUAAUAGGUUUUUAUGCGAAUGUGACUUAUAUACGUCCAUUUAUGACAACGAUCCAGAAAUGAAUAUGGUAAUGCAACAAUUUGAUGAACGGACAUCGGAACGGUUUCAUGAGUAUCAUGAAAGGAUACAAGAAAAACGAAAAAAAUGUAAAGAACAAUGCGAAAGGGAUAUACAAAAAAUUAUUUUAAAAGAUAAAAUAGAAAAGGAAUUAACAGAAAAGUUGGAUGCAUUACAAACAGAUAUAAAUACUGAGGAUAUACCUACUUGCGUUUGCGAAAAGUCGAUAGCUGACAAAACAGAAAAAUAUUGUCUCAAAUGUGGAUAUGGAUUAGGAAGUGUUUCACCAAAUGUUGGAUUAAUUGGUGCAAUUGCUGUAAAUGUGUGGAAAACUGGAGCUUUGAUUGCUGCUAAGAACGCUGCCAUAGCUGAGGGUGCGGCUGCAGGUAAAGCAGCUGGUGAAGCUGCGGGUAUUGCAACAGCCAUUGACGAAUUAUAUAAUAAUUUUUUUCUAACAAUAUUAGGUCGUAAAUCAGUGCAAGAUGUUAUUACUGCAAAAAAUUUUUGGGAUCCCGCUUUUAUUUAUAAAGUUGUUAAGUUAGAAAGCAAUAAUGUAUGCUUUAUAACUCCCCAACCUCAAACACAUGCAUCUUUUUGUUCCCUGGAAAGUUUAAGAAAUACUCCUGAUUUUUUUGAGAAAUACGUAGUAGCAGGUACACAAACAGUUGUUUCAAAGUCUUCAAAUGCUGCUGCACAAGCUACUAAGGAUAUUACUGAACAAGUGACGACAGCAGCUAUAGAAUCAAGCAAAAACACUAUAGAAGCUGCAUGUUUUACUUACCAUACUGCUAUAAUAGCCUCCAUCGUUGCAAUAUUGAUUAUAGUUUUGAUUAUGGUUAUUAUUUAUUUAAUUUUACGUUAUCGUAGAAAAAAAAAUGAAGAAAAAACUACAAUAUAUAAAAUUAUUAAAGGAAUAGUUAUGUUUUGCUGUCGCUAUAUUAAACGUAAUUUAAUAUUUUACGUGAUAUCAUAA